CCUGCCUUUCUCUCGGUGGGGUAGACUCACCCAGAUGGUGUCAUCAUAGCUUGAGUAUCAAGUGCCAAAAUGGAGAUGUUUUAAGAAGAGCCCACUAAGUCCGGGUUCUUGGGAACCUUGUACUGAAUGAAGGUAGGAGUCUGGCCCACCUGCGAGUCCCAGUUCUGCUGCCAGGGGGCGCUGCGCUCUGCGCCACCAACCGGAGAUGCGCGCGCAGGGAGAAGGCGGUGCCAGCUCGGCCAAACGAGCAACCCGAGAAGAGGCGGAGCCUGCGGAACAAGAUGGCGCCGUCCGUAGUGCUGCGCUCGUUUUCGCGGCUGCUGGCCCCCGCCCGGCUGCCGAGCUGCUCUUCAACACGGUCGAAGUUCUAUGUCCGGGAGCCAGUCAAUGCCAAACCUAACUGGUUGGCAGUUGGACUGUCCGUGGGCGCCUCGGUUUUCAUGUGGAUUUAUCUCAUCCAAACACACAAUGAAGAUGUUUUGGAGUAUAAAAGAAGAAAUGGAUUGGAAUAAACUUUGGAAAUAAUACAGUCAGCUUCAUGUGAUGAUCACAGUCCUUCCUCUGGAUUCACCCUCAGUGACGGAUGUGAGAAAAGAGUUACAUGCGAAUAUGAGUCAGUCAACACGUUUUGCAUGGUUAAGUUAAAGAAAUAAAAAUACUCGCGCUCCUCAUGUGUAGACGGAGUCACUGGUCA